AUGGCUCCAGAGACAUCUCCUACCGAGAAUUCCCCGUUGCUGGGAUCCUCCUCCAACGGCGCUGUCUCCAACGGCACGAUUUCUAAUCACAAUGUGGAAUCAGGGGAUCCAGUUCAGACAGAGGAUUCAGGCAAAGAGCCGUUCUAUGAUGCGCAGAAACAGCUUAAAUAUAUUGUACCUGCCAUAUCGCUUGGAAUCUUCUUGUCAGCGGCCGACCAGACAAUUAUUAUGGCCAGUUAUGGUCAGAUUGGUAGCGAUCUCAAAGCUCUCAAUCUGACCAGCUGGAUUGCUACUUCUUAUUUUCUCACUUUAACCUCUUUCCAGCCUUUAUACGGCAAGCUGAGCGAUAUUUUUGGUCGCAAGCCAUGUCUUCUCUUUGCAUAUGCGAUUUUCGGUACUGGGUGCUUAGGAUGCGGUCUGGCUCGAGAUAUCAAUGAAUUGAUUGCUGCUCGUGUCUUCCAAGGCAUUGGCGGUGGAGGUAUGACCACUGUUGUCAGCAUUUUGAUGAGUGAUCUUGUUCCUCUUCGUGAUCGAGGGCUGUGGCAGGGUAUUAUCAAUAUCAUCUAUGCAACAGGUGCCGGUACCGGUGCACCCUUGGGUGGAAUUCUCUCCGACUACAUUGGCUGGCGCUGGGCGUUUUUAGCGCAAUUCCCUCUCUGCAUUAUUGCAUUCAUAGCCGUAUCGUUCUUGCUCAAGCUGCCCGCUCGCGAGAGCGCCCAUUGGAAGACCAAGCUGCGUCGCAUCGACUUCCUUGGCGCUGUAGUCCUUGUUGGCGCCGUUCUUGGUUUCCUAAUUGGUCUUGAUCGUGGCAGUAAUGUUUCGUGGAAACUACCCCUGACAAUUGCCUCGCUGAGUGUCUCCGCUGUCUUGUUCGUGAUCUUUAUCCUAGUUGAGAUCUACCUGGCAGCCGAACCUUUCGCGCCUGGUCACAUCAUCUUCAACCGAACAUUCUUUGCUUGCUACAGCUGCAACUUCUUCAGCUUUGGGGGUUGGAUUGCCGCCCUGUUUUAUAUCCCUUUAUACUUCCAGGCGGUAGAUGGUGUAUCUGCUACGACUGCAGGACUGCGCUUAUUGCCAAGCAUUCUUUCUGGUGUCUCUGGAUCCGUGUUUGCAGGCUUGUUGAUGAAAUGGUAUGGCAAGUAUUACUGGCUGACAGUUGUUGCGUAUUCUUUCCUGACAACUGGUGUGUUCUGCAUAUACCUGUUCUCCGGUGGUGUGGUGGCUAGUACAGUCCCGAUGAUCUUGGGAAUGGUAAUUUCAGCAUUCGGCAAUGGCAUUGGUGUCACUACAACCUUGAUCGGUUUGAUAUCGAAUGCUACUCCUGAAGACCAGGCGGUCGUCACUGCUUGUUCAUAUCUGUUCCGCUCAUUGGGAUCCGUGAUUGGCCUCUCUUUGUCAUCAACUGUGGUUCAACAAGUCUUACGGAAUCGAUUGCAAUCAGGUCUACGCGACAGUAAGAAUAUCGAUCAGAUUGUUGAAGGCGUACGAGAAAGUCUGGAUUUCAUCAAAACCCUCGACCCAACAACUGCCAGGAUUGUCCGGGACUCUUAUGGCUGGUCCACCAACAAGGGAUUCGCCUUUUUGGUUGUUGUGGUGUUCUUCGCUUUGCUGAGCAGCUGUUACAUCCGUGAAAGCAAACUCAACCGCUAA